CUGUUUAUGCGUUUUCCCGCCCUGCGCGUCACUCGCCGUCUUGACUGAUGGAGCUCAGCUAGCGAUGGAUGGUUACAUCAGCUGUCCGAGCCUUUGACAGCGGGGAUUUGGCUGGUUUGGACACAGGGUCCAGUUGGCAGAUAUGGUGAGGUACAGCAUGAUGGCAGAGACCUUCCAGCACCCUCUCCAGGGUAACUCCCUGGCUGUCGGCCAAGUGGGGCAAAGCUGCAGGGGAAUUCAGGAGAAUGGGGUCACUUCAGAGGAGAGGCAGCACCUUUCCCAAGGCCCAGCAGAAACAGAGAAAAGCCAGCCAGUGAAUAUCCCAGAUGCAGCUAAAAGAAAGAAGAAGAAAAGGACGAGAGCGACCGACAGCUCCACGGGCACUUUUGAUGAUCUUUACAAACUAACUGAUGAGGUGCUUGGUCAGGGCGCUUAUGCUAAAGUUCAAGGAUGUAUAAGUCUGCAGAAUGGACAGGAGUAUGCUGUGAAGAUCAUAGAGAAGAGUGCAGGACACAGCCGCAGCAGAGUGUUUCGAGAAGUGGAGACUCUAUACCAGUGUCAAGGAAACAAGAACAUUUUGGAAUUGAUCCAGUUCUUUGAAGACAACUCCUGCUUUUAUUUGGUCUUUGAAAAGCUGCGUGGAGGCUCCAUUCUUACACACAUCCAGAACCGAAAGCACUUUGAUGAGCUGGAGGCCAGUAAGGUGGUCAGGGACAUUGCUCAAGCUCUUGACUUCCUACACACAAAAGGCAUUGCCCACAGGGACCUUAAGCUGGAGAACAUCCUUUGUGAAUACACUGAUCGGGUGUCCCCAGUUAAAAUCUGUGAUUUCGACUUGGGAAGUGGAGUGAAGCUCAGCAGUGCCUGUACACCUAUAACGACGCCAGAGCUCACCACACCGUGUGGAUCAGCAGAGUACAUGGCUCCGGAAGUAGUGGAGGUGUUCACUGAUGAGGCUUCCUUCUACGACAAGCGUUGCGACCUUUGGAGUCUGGGGGUCAUCCUCUACAUCCUGCUGAGCGGCAGUCCCCCCUUCACGGGACACUGUGGCACAGACUGCGGCUGGGACCGGGGAGAAACCUGCAGAACCUGCCAGAGUCACCUGUUUGAGAGCAUCCAGCAGGGCAAGUAUGAAUUUCCAGAGAAGGACUGGGCUCACAUCACCGAUGGGGCCAGAGAUCUUAUAUCCAAGCUGUUGGUCCGGGAUGCAACCUUGCGCCUCAGUGCUGCUCAGGUCCUCAAGCACCCUUGGAUGCAGGGGAAUGCUCCAGAGAGAGGUCUUCCAACUCCUCAUGUUCUGCAGAGGAACAGCAGCGCCAAAGACCUGACCCAGUUUGCAGCAGAAGCCAUCGCCUUUAACCGGCAGCUAUCCCAGCACGACGAGCAGCAGGAGGACGUUGGGAUCAUCGUUUGCUCCAUGAGGCUCUCUCCUCCUUCCAACUCCAGGCUGGCCCGCAGGCGGGCGCAAUCUAACGCCCUGCGCACCAGAGAUUUCGCGCCAGCAUCGGACGACCUCGCAGCGUGAAGGACCAGUACAAGUCCCAAAUGUCGUCGUUGUCUUUAUUUUUUGAUUUUGUUCUGAUUUUAGCCUCUGCCUGCUCUUAGUAUCAGAAGUGACUGUUCUGGUAGUGGUGUUAAAGCUCUUUCCCAUGGCCAGUAAUCUUAUCACCUAGACAGAGCUUCAGCACCAAGGGGACGGUUAAUCCUCGGCUGCCACUGCCUAUUUGAAAACAUAGUUGAAACUCCUGAGAUUUGUCCAGGAGUUGUUUUAAACGAGCGUUUCAUUUGAGAACAGCUUUGGGUUUAUUUUUACCCUUUACAUGGUACAGUUUUUUUUUUUUUUCUAUUCCAUGUUGAUAGAAUUUACAAAGACCCCAAUGCAGCUGAAACAACUUUUAAUGCCAGCAGUUUAUAUUAGAUAUUAAAUCAGUACAUAUCAUUAUCAGCGCAGCAUUACAUAGGUGCCGUACAGUUUUGCAGCUGUGUCUGUCCUAAUGUGGUAUUUUUGAUAUUUUUAAAAUGUUAUUGUCAUCCAACUGUGAAUUAAUUCAUGUUGUUUAAAUGCUACUUAUUUCUCCUCGGUCACUGGAAGAAAGGGAGUUCUCAUUUAUUUAAUUUUUUUUCCUUUUUGCUCUUUUAAGCAUGUUUAGUGUAUGUGUUUAGGAGUGUGUGGAUGUAUGUGGUUUAAAUGCUAAGAAUGGACUACACUUAGAGGAGACUGCCCGUCUCUGGAAGCGGGCUUUUCUCCAUUUUACUUACUUUAGUCAUUCUUGUGGAGGAUCCGUAGAAACUUAGAGAAAGUGCAGGAAUGUGAAUGGAUGUUGGACAAUUUAGAUGUUAGAGGAGAACCCUUGGAUCAAAUAGUUUUUAUAUGAUCACUUCAUGCAUUUAACACAAGCUACCUGUAGCACUGAUGUACUUUAAAACAGGUCACUUGAUUUCAGUUUAUCUGAAAGGGAGAACGAUCCGUUUGGUCCAACAAUGUGAAUUCGACGGCUACAAUAAUAUUUGUCUUUAAAGGACUUUUUAACAACUUUUUAUCCUCAUUGGAGUCCAGCAUUACCGCAGGCUCUUUUCUUUUUUUUUGCACCACGUCUUUGAACGUUUUGUACUGUACGAACACCAUCCCAAAAAGCUUAGCUUAGUUUCUUAUUGUCUUAUUGAUUUAAUCUGCGAGUGUUUUCAGUCUGAAUGACGUGAAAUGCUGUUUGUGUGGUUGUAUGUGGUUGAUGAAACUUAAAGCAGUUUUGUGAAUAGUUGAUAGCUACACUUCGUAGGAAGGAUUCCAUACUGGGGUUGAAAGGAUUUAUUUUUAUACAAGUAUUUGUAUUUUUGGUUUUGAAUGUGCCAAUGGAAAGAAUACUGGAUUAACCACGCUAAGACUUUCUGUCUUAAACUUUGUUUCAUUCAUUGUAGACCCUGUCUAUCACUUCUGUUUCAUCUAAGCAUGUUAACUUCCAUGUGUCGCCCACUAAAGGACUCCCCUGAUUUCACACUGUUGCUAUGGAUACCCCAUCCCUAUAGCAACUAAGGGUCUUCAUGGGCUGGCAGGAAUUGACAGAGAUACAACAUCCACUUGCUACGUUACAGCCCUCUCACCGCAUUAUGAAUAAUAAAAAGGACUUGUUUGUUUCACCCCCCUCCAUCCACUUGUAAUUGCAUCAAAUGAGAUACAGUAAUGCAAUUAUGGAGCCCCAUUGAAAUGUGUAUGGGAUCCUAUGCAUAAUGCUCUCACUGUAGAGCUGAUUUUCAUUGGUAUGCUGUGUUCUCAAUAAAAAAAAGAUCCUUUA